UCCUUCCCCUUUCUGCAGUUCUGGAUAUGGCGCGCCAUGUCCCUCUUUACCGGGCUCUGCUGGAGCUGCUGAGAGCCAUCUCCUCCUGCACGGCCCUGGUUCCCCUGCUGCUGCCUCUGUCCGGAGACCCCGGCCAGGACGAGGAGGAGGAGGACGAGGAGCACUCGGAGGGACAAACUUCUGUUGGCAUGCUGCUGGCCAAAAUGAAGACCUGCGUGGACACGUACACUAAUCGCCUCAGGUCAAAAAAGGAUAAAAGUAAAGGUGUGAUGAAAGCAGACAGCUCUGAGCCAGAGCCGGAGGGUUUGACUCUGUUGGUGCCGGACAUUCAGAAGACGGCCGAGAUCGUCUGCGCCGCCACGACCAGCCUACGGCAGGCCAACCAGGAGAGAAAGCUGGUGGAAUCUUCAAAGAAGGCCUCCAGCCGGCCCAAACCUCUCUCCAUUCUCCGUUCUCUGGAGGAAAAAUAUGUUGCUGCCAUGAAGAAACUACAGUUUGACACCUUUGAGAUGGUCUCAGAGGAUGAGGAGGGGAAGCUCAUGUUCAAGGUCAACUACCACUACAUGUCUCAGGUGAAAAACGCCAGCGACACCAACAGCGCCGCCAGAUCCCGCCGCCUCGCCCAGGAGGCCGUCACCCUGUCCACCUCGCUGCCCCUGUCGUCCUCCUCCAGCGUCUUUGUCCGCUGUGACGAGGAGAGGCUGGACAUCAUGAAGGUUCUGAUCACAGGCCCAGCCGACACUCCGUAUGCCAACGGCUGCUUUGAGUUCGACGUGUACUUCCCCCAAGACUACCCCAACUCGCCGCCGCUCGUCAAUCUGGAGACCACAGGUGGACACAGCGUUCGCUUCAAUCCCAACCUCUACAACGACGGCAAAGUCUGUUUAAGCAUCCUCAACACCUGGCACGGCAGACCAGAGGAGAAGUGGAACCCUCAGACCUCCAGCUUCCUGCAGGUUUUGGUGUCGGUGCAGUCACUCAUCCUGGUGGCAGAGCCGUACUUCAACGAGCCAGGCUACGAGCGCUCCCGCGGGACGCCAAGCGGCACCCAGAGCUCGCGGGAAUACGACGGCAACAUCCGGCAGGCUACGGUCAAGUGGGCCAUGCUGGAGCAGAUGCGCAACCCCUCACCAUGCUUCAAAGAGGUGAUCCACAAGCACUUCUACCUGAAGAGAGCAGAGAUCAUGUCCCAGUGUGAGGAGUGGAUCACUGACAUCCAGCAGUACAGCAGCGACAAGAGGGUCGGUCGCACCAUGUCCCAUCAUGCAGCUGCACUAAAGAGGCACACAGCUCAGCUGAGGGAGGAGCUCCUGAAGCUGCCUUGCCCCGACGGCCUGGAGCCCGACGGCGACGAGUUCUCCUCAAAGAGCGCCGCUCUCAUCCUCCAAGAGCUGCCCGGCCCGGACUCCGAGAAGCCCGGCGGCAGUCAGGACGGCCACUGCAGCGAGGGCCAGCUAUGAGCCGCCCUCCAGCCCCCGACCUCCCCACUCCCAGCAUCACCUGAUAGUUACUCUUUAAAAGACUCGCCGGCUGGGGAGCACCAGCCGCCACUUUGUUCAUAUUUGUAUGUAAAGAUCUAAUAGCCGAGAAGGAGCUGACGGACUCUGAAGCACGCUUCGCCCUGACCGAAGAGUCAACAGAAUCUUUUAUUUACCUGUAAAAGAGUGUAAACAUUUUGUCUUUUUUCCAAUUGUGAAAUAACCACUGAUUGGUAUGUUAUUAAACUUGUUUAUGUAUACAUAAAGGCAGAGGAAAAUUACAGAUUAUAUAAGGGAAACUACCUUUAGAGAAGAAUGUUUACUGAAUGUUAAUUUCUUUUGUUUUUUUUGACUGUUAGAGCGGAAACGGUUGUAACCAAGGAUUUAUCGGCCGAACUUUAAGGAUAUUUAAAAGCCCGGGGCAGCCGCCCCCAACCCCCCCUCUGGUUAUCCUCACUUUUCUGAAUAAUCUAGGAUCAUACCCACUUGAAUAAAGGCAGAUGCUCUGUUUUCCCUUUUACAGGCUCCACAUUAAAACGCUUCACUAUGCUCUGGAUAAAUAUUUGUCGCCUCUCAGAACUCCAUGACUGCUUUCCGUGGGCCCGGCUGCAGCAGCAGGCUGUAUCGGGAGGCCCAUGCAUGUGUGUGUGUGUGUGUGCGUGCGGAACCUUCCAGACGAAGCUGUGACGUGCCUUUGAUUGACACCACGCCUCCGAAUCCUACAGAGCCCCUUUACUGGUUGGUUUCUACAGAACUCUGCUCCGUCUGACACCAGACAAACUGCUUUGAUCUUUUUUUAUUAUGUUCAUCUCCAGUGAUCAACAAAGAAAUGCACUUUCUAUUUUAGUCACUCGUUCAGUCACAUUCUCCUUUUGCUAGGACAUUAAAUGGAGCUUGAAACUAA